UGAUUCACCUUUCGACGGGCUAUAAAAACCGCGAAGCUGCUCUUGCCGACUGACACAUCAGCCAUUCGCACUCCUCAAGUCGAAGAGCAGAUUCAAAUUGGUACAGGCGAACUGUUUCUGAAACAUUUUUUCAUCGAGCAACAUGAGAAUCACUCUGAUCUUUUUCGCCGUGUUGGCCCUUUUCGGAGCCUUUGUUGCGGCACAGAAUGAACCCCAGCCACUGGAUUCGAGCGAUCAAUCUGAGGACUUGUCGGUUUCUGAGCAGCGCUACGGAGGACGUCGUGGAGGAUUUGGGGGUCGUCGAGGAGGAGGUUACGGCAGGGGUUAUGGUCGUGGUGAGAUAUUAUGGCUGAAUGAAUUCGAAGGUCGUGCACUAAAAGGAGACAACGAAAGCACGAACUGGAUCCCGAGACUGAAAUGCACGCUACCUGAUGAUGCUCAUUAGCUGGAAACGCACUUCACUUUUGUUUCGUGGCAUUAAAAUUCUUGAAAACUUGCGCAAUCUACUUCUGCCUUUUCAUGAAUAAAAACUCAUCUUUCCGUGA